UAUAUAAGUUCUCUUUCAUCCUCCAAACAAAGCCUUGCUAUUGUGAACAAAAACUGACUAGGGUUUUCACACAACAGACAGCGCAGCCUCGUGUGAAGAUGGGUCACUCUAACAUCUGGAACGCUCACCCCAAGAACUACGGCCCUGGUUCUCGCACUUGCCGUGUCUGCGGGAAUCCUCAUGCAAUUAUUAGGAAGUAUGGACUUAUGUGCUGCAGACAGUGCUUCCGCAGCAAUGCCAAGGAAAUUGGCUUCAUCAAGUACCGUUAAAUCUUCAAUAUGAGUUUCUACGAGGACCUCUGUGUGGUGCUGGUAGAGAUCUGCAAUUAGAGCUUUUUGAUUCUCAUCUUCCCUUCAAUUAAAUGAUGUAAUGGGAUAAUUUUGAUUUAAGUUAGUUUCUGAAAAUGAACUUCUAUGUGGACUAAAGACUUGUCUUUUGAUCUGAAUAUCUGUUUUUAUACC